AUGAGGGAACCGGCACAGGAGGCGGACUUGGCCCUGGAGCUGGUCACAGUGGAGGUCACCGCAGGGGUCAUAGUGGGGGUCACUGCGGAGGUCACCGCGGGGGUCACCGCGGAGGUCACAGUGGAGGUCAUAGCGGAGGCCAUGGGGGAGGCCACGGAGGAGGUCAUAGCAGAGGCCAUGGGGGAGGCCACGGAGGAGGUCAUAGUGGGGACUAUGGGGGAGGCCACGGGGGAGGCCAUGGAGGAGGCCACGGAGGAGGUCACCACAGAGGUCAUAGCGGAGGCCAUGGAGGAAGCCACAGUGGAGGUCAUGGGGGAGGCCACAGCAGAGGCCACAGGGGAGGCCAUGGAGGAGGCCACAACAGAGGCCGUUGCCACAUUGGGUUUUAAGGUGGGAACCAGCAGGGUCAUCCAGGCAGCCUCCACCCUCGAGAGGAAUGAAUUCCUCUCCAUCCCAGCCAGCAACACAGAAAGCUCUGGGAAGAAGACCAGAGGGACUUCGAGUGGGCUCCGGGCCUGGCCAGAUGGUGCCGGAUGCGCUCCGUGUAAUGUGAGGAGCCACAUGACUCCUGGCGGGAGCCAGGUCUGGGUGGACGUGCGGCUGCAGGGUCUGCCCACGCCGAGCAGUCCGCUUAGGACGCCCAGGGUGGCGCUGAAGGCGGGUAACCUUGCUGGAGCUGCGGUUUGGCCCUUCCAGCCACGUGGUCUUGACCUGAGACCAAAGACCGUGGGCCCAGGGGCCUUCGGACGGAAGCUGAGCGAGGUGCUCUGUGAUACUAGGACCGUGCAAGCUGGAAGCUGGGGGACCCUGGCUUUACAGUGGGUGGGGUGGGGGGCAGCCUUGACCCACCAGGGCAGCCGCGUGAGCCUGUCGGAGCAGAGGCGAGCUGGUGGGUGGCCUGCUCCGUCCCGCUGCCCCCAUCGCCGUGCAGUCGAAGUGGACGGAGGUCUGGCUUAG